UUGUCAGACCAGUCGCUAGGUAAGACGUUGAGACGUUAAGACGUUUGGACGUUGAUAUUGUUUAUGUUUAUUGUUAUAAUAUCAUCUUAUACAUUGUGAUUCUAACUACAGUUGAUUGUCUUCAUCAUCAUCUUCAUAUUCACCUUUUUCUCUUUCUUUCUCUCUCUUUCUUACAUUAUCAUCUUCAUCUUCAUAAUUUUACCAUCUCUCUCUCUCUCUCUAACUCUCCCUCAACGACUACUGUAAACUUACCUGUUGCAAUCAUCAAACCGUUUUCAUUCAACAACAGUAACAGUUUACUGUUGAUAGAUUAUUAUCUUAAUAGUUAAUCAGCUCUUAAUCAAUUCUAUGGUGAAUUAAUCCUUUAACUCUAAUGGUGUCAUUUUAAAUCAACUGAUUAUUGAUUGUUUUUAAUUUCUAUCUCUUAUUAUUAUCAACUGAUUGGUCGCAAUGGUUUGUGACUUUUGUUUACCUGUUAAUCUGUCUAUUGGUUAAUGGAUGUUACAUUUAAAUUGUUUCAAAUUGGACACACAAAUAAUUACAAUUUAACCGUUGACAAUUUACUUGGAUUACAAAUCAAUAAUAAUAAUAAUUAUUUUCUAUUACCUUACCAGCUACAACUUACUGACCAUUGACCGUUACUUAGACUUGUCGUUGUAACCUAACAUACGACCUGUCAACGAUAAUAACAUUGAGUCCCUAAUGGAGUACAGUUCAAGUUACAGUAAUAAUAAAACCAGAGGCCAUCAUCAACAUUUAUCAUCCAGCUCAUCAUCCUGUUCAUCAUCAAUCCAAAAAUGUGAUUCAUCACCAUCUUGUCUUAUUAAUAACAACCAAAUAAUCAAUCAUAAUGAUAACAAUGGUGAUACAAUUAACAAGGAUAAUAGCAACUUAUCUGAUAAUAGGAAUAAUAAUCUGAUGAUUUUGGGUGAAAAUAUUGUUAAUUGUAACAAUAAUUUAUCUACGACAACAAGAUCAACAUGUGGAUUUAAUUUUUAUUCAUCUUCAUCUCAAUCGUCGAUAUGGUCAACUUUUUGUCGACCAUCAUCAUCACCAUCAUCAUCAUCUUCUUCUUCUUCUUCUUCUUAUUCUCUACAUUCAUCAUAUUCAGUACCACGAAUUUCAACUUUAAUUGUUACCCUGUUUCUAUCUUUGAAUUAUCUAUUUAUUAUCUCCUCCAUUCCAAGUGUGUCCGCUCAAUAUCGGCCCAAAUGGCCUAGUCCAAUAGUUCAAAGAGAGAUAUUUCUUCUUAACCUCGAAGAUGGUUAUUUUGGUUGCCAAGUCAACGAAUCGACCGAUUUCCUACAACUUUUUGAGCUUUCCAAGCUCUGUGAUGGUUUACCUCAGUGUUUUCUUGGUUCUGAUGAGUUAGCACUUGAGCUCAAAUGUGGAGACAGAAAUCACUGCCAUCCAAAGAUGCCAAAAUGUAUUAAUGGUGCUUGCCUAGAUAACCUUUGUCACUGUAACGAUGGAUUUGGUGGCAAAGGGUGUGACCUGCCAGAUGAAAAUGAAUGUAAAUAUCGACCUUGUGAUGUUUUCGCACAUUGUACCAAUACACUGGGCAGUUUUUACUGUACCUGUAAUCCUGGUUAUGAAGGUGAUGGAUUCACUUGCCAUGAUACAAAUGAAUGUGAAGUACCCGCUUUAGCUGGACUAUGUGCUGAUAACGCUGAAUGCUGCAAUCUUCCAGGUCACUUUUCAUGUAAAUGCAAAGAAGGUUUCACCGGAAAUGCAACCGAAUCAUGUUUUGAUAUUGAUGAAUGUGCUGAUUCAAGUACUUGCGGUCGAGGUGCUGAAUGUCACAAUACACCCGGUGGGUAUUCAUGCCAUUGUCCCGCUGGUUUCACUGGAAAUCCAACCAAGGAAUGCUGGGAUAUUGAUGAAUGUAAAUCAAGCGUGUGCGGUGAAGGAGCCAUAUGUACCAAUCUACCUGGUAGUUAUGAGUGUACCUGUCCAACCGGUUUCAAGGGUGACCCUAAAGCUGAGGCGGGUUGUGUUGAUGUGGACGAAUGCAGUCAAACAGAUCGUCAACUUUGCGGCACUAAUGCAAACUGUGUUAAUACCGCUGGAGAUUAUUUCUGUCAAUGUCCUCAAGGGUAUACAGGUAACGCCAGAAUCUCAUGCAUAGAUGUCGAUGAAUGUAAAUUAAAUGUUUGCGCUGAAGGAACCAUUUGUACCAAUCUACCAGGUAGCUAUGAGUGUACCUGUCCGGUUGGUUUUCGAAGUGACGCUAAAUCGGAAACGGGCUGUGUCGAUGUUGACGAAUGUAGUCAAACAGAUCAACGUAAACAACUUUGCGGUACAAACGCAAAUUGUGUUAACACUGUUGGUGAUUAUUUCUGUCAAUGCCCUCAAGGGUACACAGGUAAUGCAAGGAUCGCAUGUACAGAUAUUAACGAAUGCGCUACAAACGCUUGUGGACUCAACACAAUUUGUACCAAUAUUCUUGGAGGUUAUAACUGCCAAUGUAAACCAGGAUUCACGGGAGAUGCGUUUCUAUCAGCUGGUUGCACAGAUAUUAAUGAAUGUAUUUUUGGUCCUAAACCUUGCGGUGGUAAUACUAGUUGCGUUAAUACCGAUGGUGCCUACAAGUGUAUUUGCCUUGAGGGUUUCAUUGGUAAUCCAAAGAAAGGAUGUAAAUCACCUUGCGAAGGAAUCACUUGUAGUGCUCACGCAUCUUGCCAGGUUAAGAGUAACGAAGCGGCUUGUGUAUGUGACGCUGGUUAUACUUACGAUCCGAAUAAUAUUUCAUCGGGUUGUGUUGAUAUUAAUGAAUGUGCCGCUGGACCUUAUGGACUUUGCGGUGAAGGCGCUAUUUGUAUUAAUACAAUUGGUGGCCAUCAAUGUAAAUGUCCACUUGGUUAUACGGGUGAUCCUUUCACUUUCUGUGAGCCCGGUUGCUUGGAAGAUAAAGAUUGUCCAUUAAAUCAAGGCUGUGUCAAUGAACAAUGUGUCGACCCGUGUGCGUCCAAAAAGGCCUGUGGCAUUAAUGCCGUUUGUCUGGUUGAAUAUCACAAGAAAGUUUGCUCCUGUGGACCUGGAACUGAAGGAAAUGCACGAAUUGAAUGUACCCGCGAAUCAAUUUUCUGCGAGAAUUCAAAUGACUGUGAAAACGGAGCACUUUGCGAGGCCAAUAUUUGCCGAUCUAAAUGUGGCUCAGACAACGAAUGUUUUGAUAACGAGAAAUGUGCCGAUGGAGUUUGUACCAGUACUUGUAAAACCGAUGAAACUUGUCCAUCAGGUUUCGUCUGUGAACUUGGUCAGUGUAGAAUUGGUUGCAGAUCGAGUAACGAAUGUCCAUCCACUUCUGCUUGUAUUAAUCGUAAAUGUAUUGAUCCUUGCGCUUCAAGAUCGGCCUGUGGUACUAAUGCCAUUUGUCGAGUUGAUAAUCAUGAAAAGAUUUGCUCAUGUAAAUCUGGAACUGAUGGAAAUCCAAGGAUUGAAUGUACCCGACAAUCGCUUUUCUGUGAGAACGCAAAUAUUUGUGGAAAAGAUGCCAUUUGUGAGGCCAAUGUUUGCCGAUCGAAAUGUGAUUCCGAUGAUUCCUGUCUUGUCAACGAGAAAUGUGCCAAUGGUUUGUGUACCACUACUUGUUCAAAUGACGACUCUUGUCCUCCUCGAUUUGUCUGCGAAUUUGGUCAAUGUCAAACGGGUUGUAGGUCGAACAACGAAUGUCCAUCUUCAUCUUCAUGUCUAAAUCGUAAAUGUAUCGAUCCUUGCGCUUUGAAAACCUCUUGUGGUACCAAUGCCAUUUGUCGAUGUGAGAAUCACGAAAAGAUCUGCUCAUGCAAACCUGGAACUGAGGGUAAUCCACGAACCGAAUGUAUCCGUCAAUCUCGUUUCUGCGACAGUUCUAACGAUUGUGGUGAUCGAGCCGUUUGUGAGGCCAAUGUCUGUCGAUUCGAAUGUUAUAAUGAUGCCGAAUGUUUCGAUAAUGAAAAAUGUUUCGAAGGUUUUUGUACCAGUACUUGUAAAACUGACGAAUCUUGUUCUCUUGGUUUCGUUUGUGAACUUGGUCAAUGUAAAACUGGCUGUCGGUCCGAUAACGAAUGUCCAACAACCGCUUCAUGUAUUAAUCGUAAAUGUAUCGAUCCUUGUGCUUCCCGAACAGCCUGUGGUACUAAUGCCGUUUGUCGAGUUGAUAAUCACGAGAAAAGCUGCUCUUGUAAACCAGGAACUGAAGGUAACCCGCGAAUCGGAUGUACCCGACAAUCGCUGUACUGUGAGAACUCUAAUGCCUGUGGAAAUCGAGCCAUUUGUGAGGCCAAUGUUUGUCGAUUCGAGUGUUAUAAUGAAAACGAUUGUUUCGAUAACGAAAAAUGUUCAGAUGGUUUUUGUACUUCUUCAUGUAAAACUGAUGAAUCUUGUCCCGGUGGUUUCGUUUGUGACGCAGGUCAAUGUAAAACUGGUUGUCGAUCGGAUAAAGAAUGUCCAUCUUCUGCCGCUUGUAUGAACCGAAAAUGUAUCGAUCCUUGCGCUUCCAAAACAGCCUGUGGUGCGAACGCAAUUUGCCGAUGUGAAAACCACGAAAAGAUUUGCUCAUGUAAACCUGGAACCGAGGGUAACCCAAGAAUCGAAUGCGUUAGACAAUCGAGCUUCUGUGAAAGUUCAAGCGAUUGUGGAAAUCGAGCCAUUUGCGAGGCCAAUGUUUGCCGAUUCGAGUGUUACAAUGACGCUGAAUGUUUCGACAAUGAAAAAUGUGCCGAAGGUUUUUGUACAUCUUCUUGUAAGACUGACGAAGCUUGUCCUCCUGGUUUCGUCUGCGAAUCGGGUAAAUGUAAAGCGGGUUGUCGAUCUGAUGUCGAAUGCUCAUCUACUGGUGCCUGUAUGAACAACAAGUGUAUCGAUCCUUGUGCUUCCCGAACCGCUUGUGGUACCAAUGCCAUUUGUCGAGUUGAGAACCACGAGAAAAUCUGCUCAUGUGGACCUGGAACUGAGGGUAAUCCAAGAAUUGAGUGUAUCCGUCAAUCGCGUUUCUGUGAAAGUUCAGAUGAUUGUGGAAAAGGAGCUCAAUGUGAUGUUGAUGUUUGCCGAUUCGAGUGUAAUGGUGACGAGGGUUGUUUCGAUAACGAAAAAUGUGCCGACGGUUUUUGUACAUCCUCAUGUAAAACUGAUGAAUCUUGUCCUCCUGGUUUCGUCUGUGAUUCAGGUCAAUGUAAAACUGGCUGCCGAUCCGAUAACGAAUGUCCACUUUCCAAGGCUUGUAUGAACCACCGAUGUAUCGAUGUCUGUGGAUCACCAUUCGCCUGUGGUACCAAUGCAAAAUGUACCGCAAUCAACCAUUCACCUUGGUGCACUUGUCCACCUCGAUUCACCGGUAAUCCUCGCUUAGAAUGUAAAAAGAUUGAGUGUGUUUCAGACGCUGAUUGUGCCACAUCAACGAUCUGUAUCAACUAUAAAUGCGUCUCAGGCCUAAAUAGUACCACUUGCCGAUUAGAUGCUGGCUGUCGAAAUGAACCUCCUCCUCAAUGUAACCAUGAUUCUGAAUGUGUUUUAGGUCAAAUCUGUGAGAACGCUCAAUGUAUCGGCGGCUGUCGCCAUGAUAACAAUUGUCCCGAAGACAAGGCUUGUAUUAACACCGCUUGUGAGAAUCCAUGUUUACUGCCCAAGGCUUGCGGUCACAAUACCGUUUGUCAACCUUACCAACACCGACCUCGAUGUGAGUGUCAACCCAAUUUCCGUGGUAAUCCAUUUACCGGUUGUGAUCCAAUUCCCGAUGAUUAUUGUGACGCUGAUUCGUCUUGCCCGUUGGGUAAAAUUUGCGAGAACAAUAAAUGUCUCGAUGGCUGUCGAAAUGAUGGAAAUUGUAAAUUCGAAGAUGUUUGUAUUAAUAAGGUUUGUACGAAUCCAUGUUCGAUCUAUGGUGCCUGUGGUAAUAACGCGAUCUGUAAGCCAACCAAUCACGAUCGAGUUUGUACCUGUAAACCUGAUCACACGGGAGAUCCAAAGAUUUCCUGUGAACGAAUUCGACCUCCACCUGAGUGUUUAGACGAUAAACAAUGUCCACUUGAACAUAUCUGUCAGAAUACUCAUUGUGUUCGUGGCUGCCGUGAUUCUAUUGACAAUUGUCCAACCGAUAAAACUUGUAUUCGAGGAAAAUGUAUCGAUCCAUGUUCAACUUCGGGUUCUUGUGGUGAAGGUGCUAUUUGUUCACCAGCUAAUCACGUAGCUGUUUGCUCUUGUCCGUCCGGUUUUCGAGGUGACCCUGAUGUUGAAUGUCGCGAGAUUCCACCCGAAUGUCGAUAUGAUGCCGAUUGUGGUCUUGAGAAAAUUUGUCUCAAACAAAAGUGUAUCACUGGUUGUCGAACUCACUCCAAUUGUCCAUUCGAUAAAGCUUGUUUCAAUGGUCAUUGUCAAAGUCCAUGUAAUAUUGGAGGUAUUUGUGGUAUUAAUACAAUUUGUCGAGCGGAAAAUCAUGAAGCUCAAUGUACCUGUGUUUCUGGUUACACGGGUGAUCCACUUCGCCAGUGCACUAAGAUUCACGUUGAAUGUGAAACUGAUCUUGAUUGUGGUCAAGGUUACGUUUGUGCACAACAAAAAUGCCGAGAUAUCAAUGAAUGUUUACAAGAAGUACUUCCCUGUGGCCCCGGGGCAUCGUGUCAAAAUUUACCAGGAUUCUUUAAAUGUUCAUGUCCACUUCCCUUGGUCGGUAAUGCUUACAGUAAAGAGGGAUGUCGUCAACCUGUACCAAUAUGUUUCCAUGAUGCUGAUUGUAAAGAUGAUCAAAAAUGUAACCCAGUAACCCAAGAAUGUUAUGAUGUUUGUACUAAAUCUGGAAUAUGUGGUAAAGGUGCUUUAUGCCGAUCAUUAAACUCCAAAGCCGAAUGUGAAUGUUUACCUGGACAUCGGGGAAAUCCUUAUGUUGAAUGUUCAAUUCGUGAUUCCUGUUCAUUGCCCUCUGAUUGUCCAGGUAAUUUACUUUGCCUUGGGCAAUAUUGUGGUUGCCCUUAUCCAUACGAGCAGAGGUCAUCUUUCUGUGUCCUUUCAAGUCUUAAUUGUACCACAACGAAUCCCUGUCCAAAUGAUCAAACCUGCAUCUAUGAUGGUCAAGGUGAUAAAACUGGUUAUUGUGCUUGUCCAAAGGGUUACAUGAUGACCCUUGAAGGUACUUGUCGGGAUUACAAUGAGUGCGAGGAAAAAGCUUUCCCAUGUGGACCUGGUGCUAAGUGUAUGAAUAAACUUGGUUCAUACGAUUGUCGCUGUCCAACUGGUACUUUAGGUGAUCCAUUUGUCGCUGGUUGUUUAACUGAACAACAAUUGAAACAUUGUUUCCAUGAUUCUGAUUGUCCGGAUGAUCGUUCGUGUAUUGAAUUUGAAUGUCGCGAUUCUUGUCUAACCUCUAACAAUUGUGGACAAAAUGCCAUUUGUUACAUGGAGGGACAUCGACGAAAAUGUAAAUGUCGACCUGGUUUCUCUGGUAAUCCAACGGAAAUUUGUCGACCAAUUGCCGAUUGUGUCACCGAUUCGGGUUGUCCAGGUAAUUUGGCCUGUCUUCGUGAUCAUCGGUGUGGUUGUCCUCUUGAAUUCAAUAGGGUUCUCGAUUAUUGUGUACGAUUUAGUUACAAUUGUUCAACAACCAAUCCAUGUCCAGAUAAUCAAGAAUGUAUCUAUUCGGGCACCGAAUCGGGUUUCUGUGUUUGCCCUCGAGGGUUUACCCUUCGUCCUGAUGGUGUUUGCGAUGAUAUCAAUGAAUGUAACGAGAAAAAUAUCUGCGGUCCUCAUGCCUCUUGUGUUAAUCGACUUGGUACUUAUGAGUGUCGAUGUGCCGCUGGUUAUCAAGGUGAAGAUCCUUAUCGAGACGGUUGUACCUUAAUGUCCAAAGAACCACCGGGAUGUUUAAGUGAUCAAGAUUGUCCGUCAACCAAGAAAUGUGAUUUCUCUAAUGGUCAAUGUUUCGAUCCUUGUACAACUCGAGAUGAAAAUCGUUGCGGUGCAAACGCACUUUGUUCAACAUCUAAUCACAUUGUCUCGUGUUCUUGUCCAUCCGGUUUCGAGGGUAAUCCAAAUAAACUGUGCUCACCAAUUCGUGAGUGCGGUGUAACUUAUCAAUGUCCAGGUAACUUGGUUUGUCUUAAUAGUCGAACCUGUGGUUGUCCGUCAAAUUACAGUCGCGAAAACGAUUACUGUUUAAUACGAAGUCAAAAUUGUACCACUACCAAUCCAUGUCCACCAAAUGAGGAAUGUGUUUACACUGGAGUUCGAGCGGGAUUCUGUAUCUGUCCACAUGGGUACGAACUUACACCUCGAGGGGAAUGUAAAGAGAUACCAGUUUGUGCGAGAGACAAUCCUUGCGCUCCAGGUGCUAUUUGCCGCGAUCAACCUGGUUCAUAUGUUUGUAUCUGUCCCGUUGAUACGAUUGGUGAUCCUUAUGUUAAGGGUUGCGAUCAAGUUUUCGGCUGUCAAACCAAUUCCGAUUGUCCAUUGGAUAAAGAGUGUGACAUUCGAAGUAGACAAUGUAUCUCACCUUGCCAUACCUGUGGACCUAAUGCCGAAUGUGCCGUUCGAGACCAUAAAGCGGUUUGUGUUUGUGCACCAGGACAAGUGGGUCAAGCCGAUGAUAAAGAAAUUGGCUGCUUUGUGCCACCACCACCUCCCGAUGUUCCCACCGUACGAACCAUUCCACCAGUUCAAGAUUUAACUGUAAUGUGUUUAGCUGAAGGUGUUCAAGUUGCCGUUCGAUUGGGCGGUUAUGAUGGUAUCAUCUAUGUUAAAGGUCAUUCUCAAGAUCCAAAUUGUCGACGAUUAGUAACCAGUCAAGAAAGAGAUUCAAUCGAUUUUAAGGUCAACUUUAGCGUUUGUGGACUAGUUCCAAUUAACGGGGAAGCUUCGUUCAUCCUUGUAAUCCAGAAACAUCCUAAACUGGUCACUUAUCGAGCGCGAGCCUAUCACAUUAAAUGUUUGUACAUGUCCGGUGAAAGGACGGUAACUCUUGGCUUCAACGUUUCCAUGAUAACAACUUCCGGAACAAUUGCCAACACUGGACCACCGCCGACAUGUUUAAUGUCCAUCACCUCAAUCGAUGGUAAAGAGGUCACUUCCGCCGAGAUUGGUGACGAUUUACUACUCAAGGUCGACGUUCAACCCGAUUUUAUUUACGGUGGAUUCGCUCGUAGUUGUGUGGCCAAAACAAUGGAAGAUGAAGGUGAAUUCCAAUACGAAGUGACCGAUGCGAAUGGUUGUGCUACCGAUCCAUCAAUAUUCGGUAACUGGGAAUAUGAUACUCAUAAGAAACAAUUGAUGGCUCGUUUUAACGCCUUUAAAUUCCCGUCAAGUAACAACCUACGAUUCCAAUGUAACAUUCGUGUUUGCUUUGGUUCUUGUCCACCGGUUAACUGUGAUGGUGUCGAUGCUUAUGGUAAACGUCGUCGUCGUGGUGUUAAAGAUGAAGAUCUAUUAGCUGAUGCAUUUAAAGAAGGUGCCCUUCGAGAGGAGAUAAUGGUCCAAUCAAAUGCUAUUCUUACCUUUGAGAAACGUGAUCCACAACCAUCAGCAUCUUUGGAAGGUCAAAGGCUCGAAGACGCUGAUCACAUUUGUCUACCCAAAUUGGGUCUAAUCAUUUCCAUGAUAUUAACAACUCUCUUAGCAAUUGUCGCCGUUGCCUUUGCCAUCUCAUGUUGGCUUAUGGCCUAUCGACGUAAACCAAGGAGACCUGGUCCCUUAAUCCAUCCACCCGAUUUCCCUAAUCCCUUAUACACUUCACCUGAACAUGUAGCUGAACCCUCACCUGAUUAUUAUCAUGGAUCACACCUUUGAGUUUAACUCAAAUCAAAUAGUUUAAUUAACUCACUCACUUUAUCAUCCUCAUCAUCAUCUUCAUCUCUCUCUCUAAUUGCCUAUCACAAUACCUUUUAAUCAUCAUCCCCAUGAAAAAAAGAUGGGAGAUUAAUGAGAUUCAAAGUCAUUCUUAAUCAUCAUCAACACAAUAUUUCAGUAACGAAACUCAUUAAUCCAAAUCAUCAUCAUCAUCACCACCACUAAUCAUCAAUCAAUGAUGAAAGGAAUCACAAUUUAACAUAAACUCACAUUCCGUCCAAAUAGUAAUUGAUUGAGUAUCGAUUUUAAUUACGCUCAAAGUUAUUAUUUUAGUUAAUGAGCUAAUUAAGAAAAGUAUUAAUUAAAUUAGCACUUUUAUUAUCAAUGAAAAUGUAAACACAAUUCAAUUGUUUACAUUAACAGUCACCAACUUUUUGACUGUUUCAUCGUCCAGACAAAAUCAAUUGGAAACAAUUACCAAUAAGCAUUAAUAAUUAAGUAAAUGAUAAUUAAUUACUAAUUGUAACUAUUUGAAAGAAAAUUAAGAUUAAUCAAAAUUGAUUAUUUGUAAUAAUUGUCAAUGGUUAUCGGGAGAAUCGCAGAUAAAUUAUCUCUUCCUAAUCUCUCCGUUACAACGAAACCCUUUCGUAUCCUUUUGUAAUCCUAAUCCUAAUCCCUUUUUUGUCUUAAUCUAAUUAACUUUCAACUCACCCCACCCUGACUCUCUCUCUCUCUUUAAAAUUAUUUUUGUAUAUUAAUUGAAACUCUUUUCACGGAAAACUUGACCCAGUCCACUUUCAUGACGAGUUCAGAUUGACCGUUGAACCAAAAAAAAACUGCUGAUCACUUUUCCAUACUCAUCAUCAUCAUCAUCAUCAUCAUUUGUUAUCAUCAUCAUCUCUCUCACUUUUACAACCACCAAUAAUCAUCGACUAAUCAUCAAGGAAUCAUUAAUUAAAUUGUCCACCCGAUUCAUUAAAUUAUCACGACAAAUAAGCUAAUGAAAAGAAACAACGAAAAGUUUAAUCAGCUGAUCAACUCGAUUGGUUCACUUUUUCCCGGAAAACAGUUUCAAUUAAAAUCUAUCUUCAUCUUUCCUUAAUAUUAAUUAUAUAUUUGAAAGAAAUAAAAUUAAAAUUUCCAAUAACGUA